GAAUGGGUGGAAUGGCCUUCAUUCCAUUCCGGAGGGAACUCAAAACGAACGCGCUCUUUUUCUAUUCUAAUCAUUCUCAUUUCGGAAUCACGCUGAUUUUUCACAGAUACGAAAUAAUCUUUAGAUCAUGCAGUAUGACUCAUCUACACUGUAAAAUAAUAUAUUAAAAAAAAAAUUUAUGGCCUAUAUUUAUUGUAUAUCAUGAGUCAAAAAAGUGAUUAAUUGAUAUUUGAAAACGCAUUCACCCGUGUUAUAACCGAUAUGUCAUAACUUUAUAGCAAGUGACAAUAAUUGUAAAAUAUUUUGAUAAUAGUAUUGGUAUAAAAACCCCAUUGCUUGUUUUAAAAUCUUACUUGCAAAACAUUUUUUAAACGAGAUGGCUAAAAUGUUUUGUCGAAAAUUGUACCAAAAAUAGUUCUGACAGGAGUGUAAUAUGCGAACCAGCGAUUGGUCAGCGGUAUGUGACAAGGCUGUGGAACAAGAAAACAUGGCGAGUGGGCUGCAACCGAUGCACACGUAGUUCUUCAACUGGCUUGUUCUCCUUCCAAGGAGCAGCAAAUAUUAUACAUUCUUCUUGGACAAUAAUAUGACAUAAUGCUCACUUAGGAGGGUGCCAACAUGACGACUUUAGAGCUCUAUACUAAGGGCGCUAGAGUGUGGAUCCCGCAUCCAGACUUGGUCUGGAUAGGUGGAGAGCUCACCAAGGAUAUCGAGGAUAAAAUACUGGAAAUUUUGCUUGAAGAUGGCCGUGAAAUUAUCAUCGAUACAAGGAAAAGCAGACUUCCUCCUCUGAGGAAUCCGGAAAUUUUGGUUGGAGAAAAUGAUUUGACAACACUCAGUUAUUUACACGAGCCGGCAGUAUUACACAAUUUAAAUGUCCGAUUUAUCCAGUCCAAUGCGAUCUAUACCUAUUGUGGAAUCGUUCUUGUUGCCAUCAAUCCUUAUGAAGAGUUACCACUAUAUGGACCAGAUAUUGUCGCGGCCUAUCGGGGCCGUAGUAUGGGUGACAUGGACCCACACAUAUUUGCUGUGGCAGAAGAUGCGUUCCAAAGCAUGAUAAGAGAUGAGAGGAACCAGUCAGUGAUAGUUAGUGGUGAGAGCGGUGCUGGGAAAACUGUCAGUGCAAAAUAUGCCAUGCGAUACUUUAGCGCUGUGGGCGGAGCCUCGACGGAAACCCAGAUAGAGAAGAAAGUUAUUGCAACCAACCCUAUCAUGGAGGCCAUAGGAAAUGCCAAGACAAUACGUAAUGACAACAGUAGUCGCUUUGGCAAGUACCUGGAAAUUUCAUUUGACAGAAACCACCACAUUAUUGGUGCACAUAUGCGGACAUAUUUACUGGAAAAGUCAAGGGUGGUUUUCCAGGCAGCAGAGGAGAGAAAUUACCAUGUUUUCUACCAAAUGUGUGCAGCGUGUGAGUUACCAGAGAUGAAAGAUUUCAGACUGGCCCACCCAGACAACUUUAGCUACCUUAACCAAGGUGAUGCCCCAGUGGUGGAUAGCAUAGAUGAUGCAGAUUGCUUUGAGGAGCUACGAGAAGCCCUGUCCAUGGUUGGCAUCAACGAUGAUGAGCAGCUUAUGCUCUUCAGGAUCCUUUCAGCUAUCCUGCAUCUGGGGAAUGUAGAGAUCUUGCAGGCUGGUGACGAUGAAUGUACAGUGGAGGAAAAUGACUUCCAUUUGGAAAUGACUGCAGUGCUACUUGGCAUAGAUAAAAACCAGUUACGCAAGUGGUUAUGCAACCGCAAGAUUGUGACUGUGGGAGAAGUACUCAUCAAGCCACUAAGCAUCACAGAGGCCAAUUAUGGCAGAGAAGCCAUCAGCAAGCGUAUCUACUCCCAGCUUUUUAAGUGGGUUGUAAACACCAUCAAUUGUACUUUGACAAGCACAAGCAAGCCACACUCUUUCAUUGGUGUGCUUGACAUUUAUGGAUUUGAGACAUUUGAAAUUAAUAGCUUUGAGCAGUUCUGUAUUAAUUAUGCCAAUGAGAAGCUACAGCAGCAAUUUACGCAGCAUGUGUUCAAGCUGGAGCAAGACGAGUAUGUGCGUGAGGAGAUCCAGUGGUCGUUCAUCAACUUUUAUGACAACCAGCCGUGUAUAGACCUGAUUGAGGCUAAGCUGGGGAUACUGGACUUAUUGGACGAGGAGUGCAAGAUGCCAAAAGGUUCAGACUCCCAAUGGGCACAAAAACUGUACAAGCAGCACCUCCAGAAAUCCAAACACUUUUCCAAACCGCGCAUGUCCAACUUGGCAUUCGUGAUCCACCACUUUGCUGACCAUGUGGAAUAUUUUGUGUCUGGCUUUGUGGAGAAGAAUCGUGAUACAGUCAAUGAUGAGCAUCUCGCGCUGCUCCGUGCCAGCGAGUAUGAUUUGGUUUCCGAGGUCAUUCAGUGUAUGGACAGAGAUGAGAUGGUUGGGGAAAUGUUUACAGAAAACGACGCUCAUUCCGCACCGCGAAAGCGAGCUGCUUCCAGAGCUGGCAAACAAGGCGGGAAAGGCGGAAAGAUGUUUAAGAGUGUCGGCUCUCAGUUCAGCGUGUCCUUGAGCAAACUGAUGGAGACGUUGAACAGCACUACGCCGCAUUACGUGCGCUGCAUCAAACCCAACGAUACCAAGGCGCCGUUCGAGUUCCACCCAAAGCGCUCCAUUCAGCAGCUCCGAGCCUGUGGCGUGCUGGAGACGAUCCGCAUCAGCGCGGCGGGCUACCCCUCCCGCUGGACGUACCGGGAGUUCUUCGCACGCUACAUUAUGCUGCUGCCUUCCAAGAAGAUCAACCGCAAGAAACCGCGCGAGACAAUCAAGCUCAUCUUGGAGACUUUUAUCAAGGAUGAAGACAUGUUUCAGAUGGGAAAGACGAAAAUUUUCUUCAGAGCAGGCCAGGUCGCGUACCUUGAGAAGCUGCGCGGCGACAAACUGCGUCGAAGCUGUGUCAUGAUUCAAAAGAACUACCGCUGCUACAGAGAACACAAACUCUACCUGCGAAUGAGGAAGGCCGCGAUUCUCAUACAGGCCUGGGUUCGAGGCGACCAGGCCAGAAACUUGGCUCGAAGCUUGCGCCGGAACAAGUCAGCCACCACGAUCCAGCGGUAUUACCGUGGCUUCCACCUCAGACAGGCGUAUCUGCGCAAGCACGCUGCUAUCCUUACGAUCCAGUCCUACGCGCGAGGCAUGUCCGCGCGGAGACAGAGGCAAGUGUUGUUGUACAAUGCUAAAGCGGGAGUUAUACAGCGCUGCUGGCGCGGCUACAAAGGCCGUCAAAAGUACAGGAAUUACUUCAAGAAGAUCAUAUUCCUUCAGAGCUGUGUACGGCGCAUGCGCGCGCGGAAAGAACUCAAGAAACUCAAGAUUGAGGCUCGCUCCGUGGAGCACUUCAAGGCGCUUAACAAGGGAAUGGAGAACAAGAUCAUCGAGCUGCAACAACGGCUGGACCAGGAGGUCAAGAAAAAGGAGCAUGCGCAGGCUGCGGAACGAGACUUGAGCGAAGCGCGUAAAGAACUCGACGAGGCUCGCAAAUGGAAGGGGCACUACGAAUCGAGCAGUGCACGCCUUGUGGAGAUGGAACUAGUUGUGAGCGAGUUGCGCGACGAACUCAAGCGAUCGAUGGAGGCUCGGGAAAGAGUCGAGAAAGAAGCGAAGGAAGAAAUAGAGGAGAAGGAUGAGGAAAUCAAGUCGUUGCGUGACGUGAUAGAGCAGCUGAGAGAGCAAGUCGCCGAGGCUAACAGCAGAGCCGCAGACGAGGUCGCGUCUAGAGAUGCCACCCUAGACGAACGCCUAGAAGAGCAGCGGGUCCAAAUCUUGUCCGAGUUUGAGGCCGAGAGGCUUAACCAUCAACGAGUUUUACGCGAUUACUCUCGACUCGAACAACGCUACCAGAACCUACAGGACGAGCUUGAGAUUGUACAGACGAGUCCACAGAAGCCCUUGCGCAGCCUGGACAGCGUUAGCACAGCCAGCUCAGAAACAUCUCUCGUGGACGCCCUGGAAAAGGAGCUCCGAGAACAAGAGGCGGAGGAACCGGAUGAGGUCCGUUCCAUCAUUACCAAGAGUCAGCUCUUCGUUCGGCUCCGCAGCAAGGUCAUGGACCUUGAGAACCGCCUGGUGGACGCACAGAGCCAGCUGAACAAGCAAUCCGGAGAGACCAGUGCUCCCAACGUACCUUCCAUUAAGGUGGAAGAGGGAGAUGCUUGGAAGCAGAAGACUGGGAAGCUACAAGAGAUCAUGAAGGAGCGAGACGCGCUGAAAGAGGAAAAGGAGAAGGUUGAGGCAGAGCAGAAGAAGAUGGGGUCCGAGCUGGUGCUGCUCAGGAAACUUGUGAGUCAGAGGAACGUGGACAAGGAGGCGGAAUGGGACUUGAUCAGCGAGAAGAUGAAAGAGAUCAAAGAUGAUCGGGACUUGCUUGAGAGGGAAAAGGAACGUCUGCGUAAGCAGUUGAUCGAUAUGGCGUCCGUAGCCAAAGAUUUAAGAGAAAUCGAUGAGCUGCUUAAGUUCAACCCAGACGAGAGUGCCUACGUCUUACAGGCGGAGUCGCUCAAGAAGGCGAACAACGUGCUGCAGAUAGAGCUGGAGGAGUUGAUAAAAAAGGAGAAGAGCUUAAAGGAAGCCAACGAGAACCUGUGGCGGGACAAGGCCAAGCUGCAGAAGGGCCGGACAUCAAGCGUCCAUGCCAUGGACAGCAGCUUCCAGCAAGAGGUCACGCGACUCGUCACGGAAAACGUGGAUCUGCGUGAGCAGGUGGAACGACUGGAAAAAGAGAAUGCUACUCUCAGGAAAGACCAGAGUUCACUUAUGCCUUUCAGGGGAAGAGCACAGUCCAUGAAAGCGGAUCUCCUGACUGAGCAGAAGCGGCGGUCACAUUCUGUAUGGGCGGGACAAGAACCUCGUGCCGGGAAACUAGUGAUGAGACAUGCUGGCCUGCUUCGAAAGUCGCCCUCGCGAGACGAGGACUUCCUACCGCUUCCUCUACAAGCGAAGCAGCGGAAGGCUCACGGAAUGAUCGAGUACUCGGCAGAAGACGAGGAGAAGAUCAUCAAGUCCUUGAUUACGGACAUGAAUCCGUCCUCCGUGUCCGAUUCCAUUCCUGGACUUCCCGCCCAUAUCUUGUUCAUGUGUAUUCGGCACGUAGACCACAUGAACGAUGACAGGCGGAUGCAGAGCUUGCUCAUCAAUAGCAUGAAUAGCAUCAGGAACGUCAUCAAGAAAAAUCCCAAUCUGGACAUGUUAGCGUUUUGGCUGGCCAACACGCUACGUCUUCUUCACGACAUGAAGCAGUACAGCGGAGACAGGGCGUUCCAGGUACACAAUACACCAGAGCAGAACGAGCACUGCCUGAAGAACUUCGACUUGACGGAAUACCGACAAGUUCUGAGUGAUCUGUCCAUACACAUCUAUCAAGACCUUGUGAAGGCCAUCUGGGACUCCAUAAAUGGAAUGAUAGUUCCGGGAAUCCUCGAGUACGAGUCCAUUCCCGGCGUGUCCAGUUCCAAGCCUUACGGUGGGCGUUCCCGUGGCAGCGAGGACAUUAGUGUAAAAAGGAUUACAAAAAAGCUUUCACAAGUAUUGAAUAUUCUCAAUGCGCACUGCGUCGAUCCAGAAAUCAUCAAGCAGUGCUUUAGACAGGUGUUUUAUUAUAUUGGUGCGAACCUCAUGAAUAACAUUCUUCUUCGCAAGGACAUGUGUCACUGGUCACGUGGCAUGCAAAUAAGAUUUAACUUGAGCCAGCUAGAGGACUGGGUACGCGUGAAUCAGCUGGAGGGCAGCGGUAUAGUGGAGGCGUUAGAAUGUAUAACACAGGCAACCCAGCUCCUUCAGGUCAACAAGAAGACUUUGGAGGAUGUGGACGCGAUUUGUGAGGUCUGCAGCGCGCUCAACACGCUACAGGUCCAGAAGAUCCUGUCUAUGUACACUCCCGCAAACGAGUACGAGGCUCGCGUGCCGUCCUCGGUGAUUCGCGCUGUGGUAGAGAGAGGACAUAAUAAGACUGACCCUAUGUACCUAAUGCUUGAUACCGCGUACCUGUUCCCCGUCACUCUGCCUUUCACCCCUUCCGCCGUCUCGCUAGAAACCAUCAACAUCCCGGAACUGCCUGGACUGGAUUUCCUCAAAGUAGUGUAGGAAGGUGAAUAUUCCAGACACGUGGGUAGAGUAGCGACGUGUAUAUUGCUGACAUGCUGGUAGUGUCAUGCUAGCGAGACAGACAGUGUUGACUUGUACUGUCAAAGUGAGAAGGAGAAUGGCAAUAGCAACGUUGGGGUUACCUCAAGUUACAAUCGCAUGUGUUACCCCUCAGAGGGGUCUUUCAGUGCCAUUUUCCUGGGGGAAAAGAAACUUUUUUUUUGGUGAAACUAUGCUGUGAAACUGAGGUUUCAUACCGGACUUGAAUAGAUCAGAUGGAACGUACAUUCACUUGGUGGCAAAAUAAACGAUUCUUUCCGUUGCCGUGGCAGGUUAUGUAUCGUGGACUAAUUAGCAUAUCCUUCAGGUGUGUUUAGUUGACAACAUAUAUUAGGCUAUCAAAUUCUAUUAAGUGGUCGUGGUUUUGUUGAUUGUGUCACAAUGAAAAAAAAUGGAAAAGGAAAGAGAUAUAUUUUUGCAGUUAGGAAAAGUGUUAUGAAAAAAAAAGGAAGUAAAAUAAUUUCACAGGGAAGAGUGCAUGUGUCAUAAGAUUGUGAAUAAUCUGGUCAUGUGUUCUUUUUACUGUCGUAUUCCAAUAUCCGACAUGGCUGCCCUACUAUGUCAAUCCAUGCAAUGACAUUUCAGUUACUGCAGUAAUGAUACAAGGCGUUACAGCGCUAGUACUAUUAGUAUACCUCACAAGGGAACCCUAACCUUGUGAUUUUAUUGCGUAUGGCAUUCUGUUGUACUAACAAACCUAGAAAAAAAAUGAAGGGGGUUUAAAACAGCAAUUAAAGAUAUGUAAAACAAAUAUAGGAACAAUAAAAGAGAAAUAAAGAAUAAGGCAAGUCUGUCCCAUGUAA